UUUCUACAUAGCAUCAUGUCUAGAUAUCUGGUCAGCAGAGACGAAUUCCAGCAGGCCGUAACCAGCGCCGGCUCCCAGCCGACGGACGCGCAGUACGAGAGCUUCGCCAAAGGCGCUCCCAACGGCAAAAUCACCAGCCGCCGCGAGCUGGCCAUGUUCCUGGCCAACAUUCUCCACGAAUCCGGCGGACUGCGCUACAAGAAGCAGAUCUCGCCCCAACCGGAGUACGAGAAGUACUACGGACGCGGCUACAUGCAGCUGACGUGGGAGGACAACUACCGCAAGGCCUCGCAGGCGCUGUACCACGAUGACCGCUUGGUGGAGAACCCGGAUCAGGUGGCGGACGACGAGGACGUCGCCUGGGCCACCGCCUACUGGUACUGGGGCGCCGCGGUGCAUAAUCAUCCCGGAGUGGCCGAGGGGAAAUUCGGAGAGAGUAUCAGGGCUAUCAACGGCAGGGAAGAGUGCCAGGGACGCAACGAGGACAAGUCCCGGGCUCGAUAUCGGUACUAUACACGUGUCUUGGCUGUCUUCGUGCCCGGCGAGGCGCCUAUCGAAUCCGGAUGCUACAAUUAGGCCCUAACGCAUAUAGAUAUUCGCCUACCUGUUUUUGCUGCAUUCCGAAUAGCGAGUACUCUGAUUUCCUACUUCCGCCUGUUUUUCUAUUGCUGUUUGUUUUAGCAUAGCUUUA